AUGCCACCAAAAACAACGAGGAAGAAGCUACACCAGCUGGCGGUAGAACUGCCACAAAAUUCUAUCUUACAUGACACAACCAACAAGAAGCAGUAUUGCAUCGGUAAACAGUUCGCUUCCGGUGGCUUCGGUAGAAUAUACACAUGUAAGGAGGUCGGUUUGUAUUCAGAGCUUGCAGUGAAAGUGGAACCAUUUGGCAACGGUCCGUUGUUCACGGAAGUAAACGUAUUUGUGCGAAUACUAAAGCAAGACCAGAUCGAAGAGUUUUUGAGGCGAAAAAAAUUGAUUCGAGUGGGUGUACCGCAGCUUAUUUCAUGCGGAAUUCAUCAUCAUGGCGGAGAGAAGUUGCGCUUCUUGGUGAUGCCUAAGUACGCCAUCUCUCUAGAGAACAUUCGAGAAAAAUCACCAAAGUUGGCUGCUGUUGACGUUUGGACAAUUGUUCGAUGCAUGUUGGAAAGUCUGGAGUACAUUCAUGAAAAGAACUAUACUCAUGCCGACAUUAAGGCUGCAAACAUUCUGCUCGAGCGUCCUAAUGACUUUUCGUCAUGUGUUCUUGUUGACUACGGUUUAGCGCGAAUGUCAUCCAGCAAUGAGGACCGACCUUUGAAGCAAAGAGCUCACAAUGGCACUCCGUUGUUCACGUCGUGUGAUGCACAUCGUGGCUGUCAUCCUUCCUAUCGCGGUGAUUUGGAAAUACUCGCGUACAAUAUCAUGUACUGGUUGAAUGGUUCUCUUCCAUGGCAAGCAUAUGAGUCAAAUCUCACGGAGGUUCAUCAAUUGAAGGAGACUCUUCUGUCGGACGUGCCAUCAAGUUUGAAAAAGCACUUGAAGGUUUGGUUUCGAUUCAUUUGGUUGUUUAGCCUAUCACUGUGA